UUUCAUAUCUCACUCUUAAUUAACAAAGACACGCUCCACACUCUGGUCUGUGGUGGAGACUGGUCUGGACCCACUGGGGUUGGACACACAUGAGACCAGGAGAGUCCCAUGUGAGCUUGGAUUCCUCGGUUGCCCUCAGCGGAUCUGUUUCACAGCUGAAACACUAAUUUUUAGGGGACAUUUUAAUAUGAAACUUAUGGACUGGUGAAGGACAUUCCCAUGAAGACAACCUGUGUGUUCAGCUUCAUGUACUGGAAUAUCACUGGAGUUACACAUCCUGUUUGACUGGAUGAGCUUUCAAUGGACCCUCCGUCAUAUGAUGAAGCCAGGUUCCACCCACCUACUCUGAGCACCCACGACCACGCCCUCCACUACCCCCCUCCCCCCUCAUAUGAUGCCUCCCUGCCCUCCCCCUCCACACCCCCUCCCACCUACGGAGAGGCAGUUACCAUCCAGCCAGAUCCUUAUCCUGUCCUGACCGUACCCACAGUGACCCACAGUGUACCAGUGCCUCCACAAAACACUGGAGUCAUAAUCCAUCCAACAACCCAAAUUGGUGUGAAUCGGACUGUAAAUGUCACACGGUCCCAGCCGGUGGUCCUGUCCCAGCCACAGUCCACCAUACACCUGAAGGAUACACCUGGCAUCAUAAACUGCCCCCACUGUCACCGCACCGUCACCACCAAAGUAACAUACGUCCCUGGGAAGUCGGCGUGGUGUCUGUGCAUCCUACUGUCAGUGAUGGGGUUGGUUUGUGGAAUCUGUCUUAUUCCCCUCAUGGUCCGAGGGCUCCAAGACGCACAUCACUCCUGCCCAUACUGUGAAAGUCAGAUACAUGUUUACUCACGGUAAAGUUCAGAGAAAAGAGUCAAAUAGAAAACAGCCAGAAUAGGGCACAUGUUCAGAUUAGCACAAGAAUGGAAAGUCAGAGGACUGGAAGGUUUAUUUAAACAUCUUCUAAUGCAUAUUGACAGACUGUUCAGGAACAGUUGGACAGGCUUUUAUGAGAUGGUUUAUCUCUGCUGUAAAUAUAAAAAAA